AAUUGCAUGUUCUCUGCAUCAGCUGGAUGCCCGGCAUGGAGGAGGACAAACAGAAAACCGACGUGCACUACAGGUCUCUGGAUGGAGACGGCAACUUUAACUGGCGGUUUGUCUUUGGCUUUGACUACCUGCCAGCUGAACAGCUCUGCCUUGUGUCCAAGAAGGAAAACUUUUGGAGUCUUGACAACACAGAGUUCAGGAUUCCCCCAAAGCUGAUUGUCCAGAUAUGGGACAACGACAAAUUCUCAUUGGAUGAUUACUUGGGUGUACUGGAACUAGAUUUGAGAAAACUCGUCCCUCCUUCCAAGACUCCAGAGAAAUGCUCCCUGGACAUGAUGGACAAUCUGGAAACCGGAGAAGCAGGCAAACUACAGACCGCUAAUUCCCUGUUUGCUCAGAAGUCGGUCAGAGGAUGGUGGCCCUGUUCCAUCGAACAAGAUGGGAAGAGAGUUUUGGGUGGCAAAGUGGAGAUGACGCUGGAGAUUGUGAGUGAAGCAGAGGCAGACGAGAUACCUGCAGGAAAAGGACGAGACGAACCCAACAUGAACCCAAAACUGGACCCUCCCAACCGUCCAGAAACUUCUUUCUUCUGGUUUACUAACCCAUGCAAGACCAUGAAGUUCAUUGUGUGGAGGAGGUUCAAAUGGGUGUUCUUAGGACUUAUCUUUCUCAUAAUUGUGGUGCUCUUCAUCGCCAUCCUGUUGUACUCAUUACCGAACUACAUCUCAAUGAAGAUUGUGAAGCCACUUCAAUAACUCUACAGUGGAAGUCGUUCCAACUCCUAUUCAGAGAGCUUUGGUUCUUUUUCUUUUCUACAGUAUUUUAUUGUUGGGAUAAUAGCACCUGCAUAUUUACACUAUUAAAAUAAUUAAAUGUUUAUUGUAUCUAGACAACUUCAAUGUGAAACAGAUGGGACUGCUGUUAACAUUUCACACUAAAAUGAUCUAAAACCACAGACUGGUGAUAAUCUGUUUUUUAGGGUCACAGGUUCUGCACUGGAUCACUCCUGUCAACAUGUCUCUGUUCACUAUCACUAUUUAGACUUUUAAGGUCAUUUGAUUUGUACUGGGUUCUUUACCAGGUGGCUUUAUGAUUAUUUUUUUCUAUGUUGUGCCAAUCUAUAUAUUCAUGUAUUUGCCGUUCUUUUUUGUACAAGGGAUAUUACAUCAAACUGAUUAAAAAAUGUUUUUUUUAAAGAAAUAUUUAUAGAGGAUCCAUUUGUCAUCAGUGCCAAUAGGCUCUGUAGCACAUCAUUUGCACAUGAAUGUAAAACAGUCUUGGAGGAAAAUUACAAUAAAGAUCCUGCAAGUUUCAA